CUAUCAUCUGCAAAACCCUAAUUCUCAGACCUUCACUCUCCAUUCUCAAUCAAUGGCGACUCUACCACUCAAGAGGAGCUAUCGCUGUGUACCGUCUCUGCAACAGUUCUACACCGGUGGCCCCUUGGUGGUCUCAUCCGACGGCUCCUUCAUCGUCUGUGUUUGCGGCGAGUCCAUCAAAAUCGUCGAAUCCUCCAAUGCCGCUAUACGCGCAACCAUCGACGGCGACUCCGAGACCUUCACUGCUUUAGCUCUUACCCCAGACGAUAAGCUGCUCUUCUCCUCCGGACACAGUCGCCAGAUUAGGGUCUGGGACCUCUCAACCUUGAAAUGCGUUCGGUCUUGGAAGGGACAUGAUGGUCCUGUGAUGGGUAUGGCUUGUCAUCCUUCGGGGGGUUUGCUUGCGACUGCUGGAGCUGAUAGGAAAGUUCUCGUUUGGGAUGUUGAUGGUGGUUUCUGUACUCAUUACUUUAAGGGUCACAAAGGGGUUGUUUCGAGUAUUCUCUUCCAUCCUGAUUCGACCAAAUCACUUCUAUUUUCCGCAAGUGAUGAUACAACUGUAAAAGUUUGGGAUCUUUUAACUAAGAAGUGUGUUGCAACACUUGGCGGACAUCAUUCAACUGUUACUUCAAUAGCAGUAUCUGAAGAUGGUGGGAUGUUGCUUAGUGCUGGACGAGAUAAGGUUGUGAUGUUAUGGGACCUUCUCGACUACAGUUGCAAAAAGACUGUAUUGACUUACGAAGCUGUUGAAGCUGUUUGUGUUAUUCGAUCUGCAACUCCUUUCGUGUCGUGUUUGGAGCAGAGUGGAAAGAAUAGUGGGUUACAAGGAGUUUAUUUUGUAACUGUCGGUGAGCGUGGGAUUGUACGAAUAUGGAAUUCUGAAAGAGCAGCCUGUCUAUUUGAGCAACAGUCUUCAGAUGUUACUGUCAGUUCAGAUGAAGAUGGCAGCAAAAGGGGUUUUGCUACUGCUAUUAUGCUUCCCCUGGAUCAAGGUUUGCUUUGCGUGACUGUUGAUCAACAACUUCUUGUGUAUUCCCCUGUAAAGCAACCUGAAGGGAUCUUUGAUAUAGUCAUGAGCAAAAGACUUGUAGGGUACAAUGAAGAAAUUGUUGAUAUGAAGUUCUUAGGUGAUGAAGAACAAUAUCUUGCUGUUGCUACAAAUACUGAACAGGUGCGAGUGUAUGACCUUGCAUCAAUGUCAUGUCACUAUGUAUUGGCAGGUCAUACUGAAACUAUUUUAAGUGUGGACACCUGUGUAUCAAGCUCUGGAAGAACGCUUAUUGUAACUGGCAGUAAGGACAAAAGUGUUAGAUUGUGGGACUCAGAAACCGGACGUUGCCUUGGGUUCAGUGUAGGUCAUAUGGGUGCUGUUGGAGCCGUCGCCUUUUCAAAGAAAGGGAAAUCCUUCUUUGUUAGUGGUAGCAGUGAUCGUACCCUCAAGGUGUGGAACUUCGAUGGUCUUUCAGAUGAUGUGGAACAACCUGUGGAUCUACAAGCUAAAGCUGUUGUGGCAGCACAUGAUAAGGAUAUCAAUUCUUUGGCUAUUGCACCGAAUGAUAGUCUAGUUUGUAGUGGUUCCCAGGACCGCACUGCUUGUAUAUGGAAGCUGCCGGAUCUUGUACCUGGAGUUGUUCUUAAAGGGCAUAAAAGGGGGAUUUGGUCAGUCGAGUUUUCUCCGGUUGAUCAAUGUGUCAUAACAGCAUCUGGAGACAAGACAAUAAAGCUAUGGGAUAUAGCUGAUGGUUCAUGCUUGAAAACAUUCGAGGGUCAUACCUCAAGUGUGUUAAGAGCAUCAUUUAUUACUCGUGGAACUCAGUUUGUCUCUUGUGGUGCCGAUGGAUUAGUAAAGCUAUGGACAGUCAAAACCAAUGAAUGCAUUGCUACAUAUGAUCACCAUGAGGACAAGAUUUGGGCUUUGGCUGUAGGGAAGAAGACAGAAAUGCUGGCAACAGGGGGCGGCGAUGCUGUUGUCAAUAUAUGGCAUGAUUCUACUGCUUCUGAAAAAGAGGAAGCUUUCCAGAGAGAGGAGGAAGGUGUUCUGAAGGGUCAAGAACUUCAAAAUGCCAUAGUGGAUGCUGACUAUACAAAAGCAAUACAAAUUGCUUUUCAGCUACGUAGGCCUCACAAGCUUUUCGAGCUGUUUGCAGAACUUUGCAGGAAGAGAGAAGCUGAAAACCAGAUACAGAAAGCCCUUCAUGCUCUUAACAAGGAGGAGUUCCGGUUACUUCUGGAGUAUAUUCGAGAAUGGAAUACCAAACCAAAACUCUGUCAUGUUGCACAAUUUGUGCUUUUCAGAGUUUUCAACAACGUGCCUCCUACCGAGAUUAUUGAGAUAAAAGGUAUUGCAGAACUUCUUGAAGGGCUCCUACCAUAUUCUCAGAGGCAUUUUAGCCGAAUAGACAGGCUUGUUAGAAGCACAUAUUUGUUAGACUACACUCUUACAGGAAUGUCGGUCAUUGAACCAAAAACUGAUACAAGGGAAUUGCAAGCACAUUCAGAAAAGGCAGACCAGGAACAACAGGCACCCGAAGAAGGGUUGAAGCCGAAGGCAGCCUUGAAGAAGCGAAAAUCGGACAAACAUAAAGAUGGGAAGAAGCAAAAGAAAGUCAAGGGUGUAGCUUACACCAGCGUUGCUGCUGUAUCAUAAGAGUUGUGACAAUCGUCUGACGAUAUCCGAGCAACUUCUAUUUCACCGGUAACAGAUUUUGCAACCCUUGUCAUCGGAGUUGAUUGUAGAAAAACGAAUACUUAUUUAUUUUAGAUUUCCCCUCUCCAUUUGUUUCUUACGAUGGUUUGAGUACAAAUGAAAUUUUGUAUACUAGUAACAAUUGAACACUAGGCAUUUUUGUUCUAACAUUUUGGCCUCUUAUUAUUAAAAGUCAUUUCAUAGUUGA